UUUAAUUUAAAAUAAAAAAAUAACUAAAAAUAAUAAAAUAAAUAAAAUCCUAACCCUUUAAGACCUAACCCUAACCCAACUCUCCCAAAUUUCCCCCCUUUUUUGUUGAUUCUUAUUUGUUACCCCUCAUCAAAAAAAUAUAUCAUCAAAGCACACAUCUCUCUUAAAAUUUCUCUCUCCUCUCAAACUUAACCCAAUCUUCAACUUCUUCUCUCCCAACACUUUCAUUCUUCUCCCUUCAUUCUCAACCUAUAACCUUGCUCUACUCUUUUUCUUGCAUUUUUUACGUGAUUCUUUUCACCCUAAUUUUACCAAUUAUCUUUUCCAUCAAUUCCAUUUUCAUUCAAAUAUUAUUAUCCCAUGAAACUUUUAAUUCUUAUUAGCUUCUUAUCAUCCUUUUUUCUUUCUUUCUUGUUCUAGUUAAUUAGGGUUAAUAAUCCAUACAAGUCCUUCAUCAUCAAGGUUGGUUUUAUUGAUUUCCAUAUCGAUUUCGAUAAUAUGGAUCAAGUAACUGCUCAUGGAAGGCCUCUUCCUCCUCCUUUUCAUUCCAAUAGUCUUCAUCUAAACCCUCAUCAUCAGUUUCACCACUUUCAGCAGCAGCAGCAACAACAACAACAACCGCAACUUCUACUUCAACAACAUCAUCAACAACAACAGCAGCAACAACAACAGCAGCAUCAUAGCUCGGAAGCUGAGCAAAGCGGAAGUAGUAGCGACCUUAAAUCGAGUCUAAAGAGGGAACGAGACGACUCGGGGGCUGCUGAUAGCAAGAACGAAGGCGGAGGAGACGGCGAAAGAGAGAUCCAAAGACGGCCUAGAGGAAGACCAGCUGGAUCCAAGAACAAACCCAAACCACCUAUUAUUAUUACAAGAGAUAGUGCUAAUGCUCUUAGAUCUCAUGUUAUGGAAGUUGCUAACGGGUGUGAUAUUAUGGAUAGUAUAACUAACUUUGCUCGUCGUAAGCAAAGAGGGGUUUGUAUCUUGAGUGGAACGGGAACUGUUGCAAAUGUUACUCUCCGGCAACCUGGGGCACCAGGUGCUGUUGUUACCCUACAUGGGAGGUUGGAAAUUCUAUCUCUAUCUGGGUCGUUUUUACCGCCCCCAGCACCACCUGCCGCUUCUGGACUUACCAUUUAUCUGGCUGGAGGUCAAGGGCAGGUGGUAGGGGGCGGGGUUGUAGGGCCUCUACUGGCAUCUGGGCCUGUAGUGGUCAUGGCCGCGUCUUUUGGGAACGCGGCCUAUGAGAGAUUACCACUAGAGGAAGAAGAGGGAGGUGGGGCCCAGAUGCCAGGAGUAGGCCCUGGGAAUAAUGGUGGCGGUGGAUUAAAGUCACCGCCACCUGGAGGAGUAGGAGGGCAAGUCAUGGGCGAUCCCAGUCAUAAUAAUAAUAAUAAUAAUAAUGGAAGCGGAGGCGGUGGAGGAUCAGGAGGAGGAGGAGGGAAUUUACUACAAGGGUUGCCACCAAACUUGUUGAAUUCAUUGCCACCUGAGGCUUUUUGGGGUACUCCUAAUAAUCGAUCUCCUUAUUGAGAUUAUUAUGAUAAAAUGUUAGUACAUUUUACUCCUUUAUGGGUUAAUUAUAAGUGAAUGAAUGUUUUUCUUUUCUUUAGUUUGAAUGAAUGAAUGAAGCUCUUUGUUAAGUUGGAAACUUUUACUA